ACAGAAAGAAUAAACAGCACGGAAAGUUAGUUUGUAACCCGUUUAUACGACAAUAGUGGAAUUUGGCACUUUGUUUUUAAAAACACAUUAGUGGUAGGACUAUCCAGAAAUGGAAGGACAUUUUAUUACUUUGUUUAGUUUGUGAUCUGUUUAAACGACAACAGUGGUAUUUGGGACUUGUUGUGGUAUAAAAGAAAUGGAAGGCAAUUUCAGCAAUAUGUUCGCUAACUUGACUCAACCAGUUGUUCCCCAGCCACCGUUUUAUCUUCUCGGUGUGACCACCUUUCUGUAUAUCAUCAUCUUCUCUGUGGGAGUAUUUGGUAACUUUGCUGUGAUAACUGUCGUCUAUAGAUGUCGAGCCAUGAGAACUUUUUUCAAUAAAUUAUUUCUGAACCUGUGUGUAGCUGAUUUACUGGUGCUGGUAAUCACGGGGCCCACAGCGGUUAUAGAUAUAUAUGCUAGAGAAAUAUGGUAUCUGGGGGAAAUCAUGUGUAAAUUAAUACCCUACGUGGAGAAUGUAGUGGGCAGUGCUUCAGCCAUGACAAUAUUAGCUAUUAGUAUAGAGAGAUACAGAUUAACAUACAGCUGUAAACAACAACACAAGAAAUCGUGGCGUCCAAUACUUAUCACGUCUGCUGCUAUCUGGACACCCGCCAUCUUGUCAUCAUUACCAUUUAUGGUCAUCACUCAAUAUGAUAAGAGGCGAUUAUUGGAUGGAACACCGGCUAUGGUGUGUAAUACACCGAUCUAUUUACCAUGGCAUAAAUUAUACAUCGUUGUCAUAACCAGUUUCUUCUUUUUUAUUCCUUUGAUAAUUAUUAUUAUCCUCUAUGCAAAGGUCUGUCGUAAAUUAGUGACGUUAUAUAAACAAGAAAGGAGUAGGUUCGAAACGUCCCCUAUCGAAAUAAUUCAAUUAAAACGACAGAUGAUCCAAAUUAUUGUAACGGUCGUGUUAGUGUUUUUUGUCUGCCAUACCCCAUACAGAGCCAUUGUUCUGUGGACUUUAUUCGAGAAGAGGGAAAAUCUGAGAAAUUUUGGAUUUGACGCGUACCUGAUUGUUUUAUAUCUAACCCGAAUUUUGCUGUUCGCCAAUCACGCUAUCAACCCGUUCGUUUAUAACUUUGUGUCGAGGAAGUUUCGUCGAGCCUUGGUUUGGAUUUGUUGUCAUAAGCGGCGACGAUUGAAAAAAAAUGAGGAAGAUAACCAUAAUCAUCUGCCACUUCGACGUUUAUCUAAGCAACCGGAUGUGAUUCAUCCCGGAAGUUGUUCUGUUAAUCGAGAAGAUAGAAACCAUAGAAACGACUUUCUUGCCUUGUAUAAAAAUCUAGUUUUAUUAGAAUAUUGACGACUUACUUAGUAUAUUUGUAGACAGAAUAGAGUAUCCAUUGUGGCGGCAUAUCAACAUUAAGGCGAAAGACGGUGGGUUUUUUAUACGAUUAUUCCAUAUAUAACAUUAAUUAAAACUUAAUUUGUUCUCGGUUAAAAAAAAUAAUCGUCGAUUUCAUUCUUUAUGUCAGCCAGAUGACAGUAGGUCUUCAUAGAAAGAUGUUAUGAAUUACAAUAAUAGAAACGUCAUUUUUUGAAAUGACGUCAUUCAAAAUUGUAUAUUACAAUCUGUCCUCGUGGUCAAUAUAAGCUAUGGAUAAUGACAGCGUAGGGGUAUAAUCGAUUUCUGUUUCAGAAGAACGAUAUUAUGUAAACUAAAAUUAGGAAAAAUGCUAACUUACGGUCAAUUAGAAACUAGUUUAAUGUUAUACAAUGCUGGCCAUUAAUGGUAUACAUCAGCUCAAUUCAAUACUUUAAUAAGGCUUUCAAAUUUACCAAGUGCUUAGAAUUCAUUUGUGCUUCUGUAACGACAUAGUAAGACAUUAUGAAAACAGGAAUUAGUAAAACUGUAUAGAACUUAUCUCCACACUAAGAUCGGUUAUCGAUCAGUUUUCGAUAUUCUAGACAAGUUUAGGAUUAUAACGAUUCAUGGAUUA